GGACAUUGGUCAGUCUAAAACGCCGACCAUUCUAUAACGUCGCGAUGAUGAUAUUUCCAUUCCAAUAGUGAAAAAAAACCUCGAAAUGGGGCAGACAUCCAAUUGUUAGUUUUUUAAUAUCCCCAACAGAACCGUCAAAAAAUGCCCCCUGCGCCAUUCAAUCCCUCCGGAGACCCUGAAGAGGACAUCGCCUUCAAGGUGCUGAACCAGGACAACCUGCCCAUGGCUAUUAUCGGAGAACCCAUUCUCAAACCGUUCGACAAAUCCAAGCCCAAUGUGAUUGUCCACCCUACCAGGAGAAUCAACACCAAUAUUCUGGAUAGCUCAAAAAGCGAACUAGUGGCUAAAUCCAAUGAUUGCUUGAAUAGCCAUAAUAUCAAUAAAAAUAAUAAUUAUAAUAAUGAUAAAAGCAUCAGGAAGAGUACCAGUAACUCUUACAACAACAUCGAUGUCAAGAUGAAGAUUGAUGAUUUGAAUAAGUUCACGACAACGUUAGAUUUGAAACUGAAAAGACUGCAGAAAGAAGAAUUGACGAAUCGCCAAAACAAGAAAUCUCCGACAGAAAACUUGGCGCCGAAAAAACCGUUUGUAACGACGGUGAAAAAGGGACAAUUUCUCGAGCCCCCUGCUGAAAUCGUCAUAAAAUCGGAAGAGCAACACUCCGAGCAGAAAAAAGCCAAGGAAGGAAAAAAACUGUACGCGUUCGCUAGUAGACCGAGAGUACUCAGUAGGACGCCACCCAAGAGUGUUCAUCAAACCAGAUGUGAUGCGGCUGCUAGAGCUCACGCAAAGCUUGUGGGGACUGUGGUGGGAAUCAGAACGGAGGAAAAAAAUACCGGAUUUUCGCCAUCAAAUGAGAAUGUUUCAGACAGACGAGUUGGCCACCAAAGUUACCAACAAGUGAAUACCGAAAUUGGAUCCCGGGCGAGUGAAGCGAAAAGACGAUCCUUGGCCAGAAAAAGAGCAAAAAAUCAACAAUUCAAAUCAUCACAAAUAGGUGUGAGUCCCUCUCAGGCAAUUCAAGGAAUAGAAACAUACAGUAUAGAUCAAGUUCAGAAGACCUUUGCUGAUCUGAAAUUAGCCGAUAUUGGUACACAAACCGAAAAAAGCGAAACUGGACCCAAUGAAUUAUUGAAAAGUGAUGCAGAAACACAGAUUUAUCCUGGAGAUCUGUAUGAUUUUGAAAAAGAAGUGCAGCCUGUGAUAGAAGUGUUGGUGGGACGGACCAUAGAGCAGGCCCUCAUUGAAGUUCUGGAGGAGGAGGAGCUGGCAGCACUGAAGGAGCAGCAGAGGCGAUUCAUUGACAUGAUGUCCAAUGAAACAGCUGAAAGUAUGAGAAUGGCAAAACUGAACCAAGUGAAAAAACAUGAGGAAAUUGAAAGACAGAUGGUGACUGCCACAGUGGCACAACAUAAUUACAGACCACAGCUGAUCACUUCAGCCUAACUGAACUACUUUUUGAUUAGUCAGAGACAAAUCCAGCCUGAAAUGAAAUUGUGCAAGAAAAUCAUUUAUUUUUGUAGAAUCAUCAUUUAGCUCCAUCAAGAUUGAAUGAAUACAGGGUGUCAUCUAAAAGGAGGUCAAUCCAUUAACCACAU